CUGGGUGAAGGAGGUUUUGGGAGCGUGUAUCGAGCUAAGUGGCUGGACUCGGACGUUGUGGUCAAGCGAAGAGCAGAGACCGUGGCAAUAUUCCGUCGCGAGGUCGAAAUUUGGUUUAGUUUGAGCCACCCGCACGUCGUUCGGCUCUUCGGCGCGUGCCAUGUAGGCAGACCGUUCUUCGUCUGCGAAUACGCCACACACGGGACCUUGGUCAGCUUCUUGCGAAAGCAUCCCGGGGAAAUAUGGACGAAAUUGCACGAGUCAGCACUGGGGGUUCAGUAUCUGCACGCUCGAGGCGUCGUGCACGGGGACCUGAAAGGGAACAACAUUGUCAUCGGGAGCGACAUGAAGGCGAAAGUGACGGACUUCGGCCUGAGUUCGGUAGCAAGUGGUGAGGACAAGACGUUGGUGUCCGGUGCGUGGAAUUGGGUGGCCCCGGAGCUCCUCGAUACGAACAAACGCCCGACCUUUGCCACUGAUGUGUAUUCUCUGGGCAUGUGUAUUGUCGAGGCGCUGCGAGUUGUGGAGGCUGUGGAAGCAGGCAAGGAUUCGAGCCAUUGUCUGCCGUGGCGCGUUGGGGACCGAGCAGCGGUGAAAUACCACGCUACUCAUGGCACUGUGCCAUCUCGACCUGCGAUCUGCGAGGACAGUCAAUGGGAGUUGGUUGUCCGAAUGUGUGUGCUGGAGGCUGACGAGCGGAUCAAGAUCUCGACGGUGGUUGACGAGUUG